GCGGGGGCGAGCGCGCCCCGAGCCCCCCUCCACCAUGUUCAACCUGAUGAAGAAGGACAAAGAGAAGGAUGGGGCGCGGAAGGAGAAGAAGGAAAAGAAGGAGAAGAAGGAGCGGAUGUCGGCGGCCGAGCUCAAGAGCCUGGAGGAGAUGAGCAUGCGCAGGGGCUUCUUCAACCUCAACCGCGCCUCCAAGCGGGACUCCAAGGCGCGCCUGGAGAUCUCCAACCCCAUCCCCAUCAAGGUGGCCAGCGGCUCCGACCUGCACCUCACCGACAUCGACUCCGACAGCAACCGGGGCAGCGUCAUCUUGGACUCGGGCCACCUGAGCACGGCCAGCUCCAGCGACGACCUCAAGGUGGACGACGCCAACUUCAAGGGCUCGGUGCUGCAGCGGGCGGCCAAGUUCGGCUCGCUGGCCAAGCAGAACUCGCAGAUGAUCGUCAAACGCUUCUCCUUCUCGCAGAAGAGCCGGGACGAGAGCGCCUCGGAGACCUCCACCCCCUCCGAGCACUCGGCAGCCCCCUCCCCGCAGGUGGAGGUGCGCACGCUGGAGGCUCAGCUCGCCAAGCACGGGACGCCCCCGGGACACCCCCGUACCCCUCCUGCCGCCUCCUUUCGAGCCCGGGUGCCGGAGCUGGUGGGCAAGAGAUUCCCCGCAGACCUGCGGCUGCCCGCCCUGGUGCCCCCGCAGCCCCCUGUGCCACGGCAGCUGGAGCUGCAGAGGCGCAACACCGGCGAUUUUGGCUUCUCCCUGCGCCGCACCACCAUGCUGGACCGUGCCCCCGAUGGGCAGGUGUACCGGCGCGUCGUGCACUUCGCCGAACCCGGUGCCGGCACCAAGGAUUUGGCGCUGGGGCUGGUGCCGGGCGAUCGGCUGGUGGAGAUCAACGGGAGAAACGUGGAGAGCAAAUCCCGGGAUGAGAUCGUGGAGAUGAUCCGGCAGUCGGGGGAGACGGUGCAGCUGAAGGUGCAGCCCAUCCUGGAGCUGAGCGAGCUGAGCCGCUGCUGGCUGCGGGGCGGCGAGGGGACGCGCCGCGCCACCUGGGAUCUGGACCCCGCAGCCUCCGCCCCGGCACCCAGCCAGGUACCGUACCCCUGUCCUCAGGAGCUCUCUGCUUCCACUGGCAACCUCCCGCUGUCCUCUGUCUGCCGCUGGGCUGGCGUCUGCGCCCGCGCCUCGUGCUGGAGCGGACAAGUGGACGAUGUCCUGGCAGCCCCCUUUGGCCCCGUCCCUGCUGCAGCUCAGGCCAAGACGGAGGAGCAGAUAGCUGCCGAGGAGGCUUGGUAUGAGACCGACAAAGUGUGGCUGGUGCACAAGGAUGGCUUCUCCUUGGGCAGCCAGCUGCGGCCGGAGGAGGCCAGCGCCCUGCCCGAGGGCAAGGUGAAGGUGAAGCUGGACCACGACGGAGCCGUCCUGGAGGUGGAGGAGGACGACGUGGAGAAGGCGAACCCUCCAUCCUGCGACCGCGUGGAGGACCUGGCCAGCCUCCUCUACCUCAACGAGUCCAGCGUCCUGCACACGCUGCGGCAGCGCUACGGCGGCAACCUCAUCCACACCUACGCCGGCCCCACCAUGGUCGUCAUCAACCCGCUGAGCUCCCCCUCCAUGUACUCCGAGAAGGUCAUGCACAUGUUCAAGGGGUGCCGCAGGGAGGACACGUCCCCGCACAUCUACGCCGUGGCCCAGGCUGCGUACCGCAGCAUGCUGAUGAGCCGCCAGGACCAGGCGGUCGUGCUGCUGGGCGCCAGCGGCAGCGGCAAGACCACCAACUGCCAGCACCUCGUCCAGUACCUCGCCACCAUCGCCGGCAGCACCGGCAAGGUCUUCUCCGCGGAGAAGUGGCAGGCUCUCUACACCGUCCUGGAGGCUUUUGGCAAUAGCAGCACCAGCAUGAACGGCAACGCCACGCGCUUCUCCCAGAUCAUCUCCCUGGACUUCGACCAGGCUGGGCAGGUGGCGUCCGCCUCCGUACAGACGCUGCUGCUGGAGAAGCUGCGUGUCGCCCGGCGCCCUGCCAACGAGGCCACCUUCAACGUCUUCUACUACCUGCUGGCCUGCCCAGACAGCGCCCUGCGGACUGAGCUCCACUUCAACCACUUGGCGGAGAACAACGUCUUCGGCAUCGUGCCCCUCGCCAAGCCCGAGGAGAAGCAGAAGGCAGCCCAGCAGUUCAACAAGCUGCAGGCUGCCAUGAAGGUGAUGGGCAUCUCCGGCGAUGAGCAGAAAGCCUUCUGGCUCGUCCUGGGGGCCAUUUGUCACCUGGGGGCCGCCGGAGCCACCAAAGACGCCGACGAAGCCGGGAGGAAGCAGUUUGCGCGGCACGAGUGGGCUCAGAAAGCCGCCUACCUGCUGGGCUGCAGCCUGGAGGAGCUCUCCUCCUCCAUCUUCAAGCACCAGCCCAAGGGCACGCUGCAGCGCUCCACCUCCUUCCGACAGGGCCCCGAGGAGCAGGGCAUGGGCGAUGGCACAGGUCCCAAGCUGACGGCGCUGGAGUGCCUGGAGGGCAUGGCCUCGGGAUUGUACUCGGAGCUCUUCACCCUCCUCAUCUCCCUCCUCAACAGGGCGCUCAAGUCCAGCCAGCACUCAGUGUGCUCGGUGACGGUGGUGGACACCCCCGGGGCGCAGAACCCCGAGGUGGCGGGGCAGAGCCGCGGGGCCACCUUCGAGGAGCUGUGCCACAACUACGCCCAGGAGCGCCUGCAGCUCCUCUUCCACCAGCGCACCUUCGCCCAGGAGCUGGAGCGCUACAAGGAGGAAAACAUAGAGCUUGCACUGGCUGACACAGAGCCCGCUACCUGGGGCUCUGUAGCCACUGUAGACCAGCCCUCACACCAGGCACUGGUCCGCUCGCUGGCCCGCACCGACGAGGCACGGGGGCUGCUGUGGCUGCUGGAGGAGGAGGCGCUGCAGCCGGGCGGCAGCGAGGACACCUUGCUGGAGCGGCUCUUCGCCUACUACGGUCCCCAGGAGGGGGGCAAGAAAGGGCACGACCCGCUGCUCCCCAGCGACAAGCCCCGGCACUUCUUCCUGGGCCACAGCUCGGGGACCAACUGGGUGGAGUACGAUGCCACGGGCUGGCUCAACCACGUCAAGCACAACCCGGCCACCCAAAACGCCUCCGUCCUGCUGCAGGAGUCGCAGAAGAAGGUCAUCAGCAGCCUGUUCGCGGGCCGGGGCGGGUCGGCGCUGGUGCUAUCGGGCUCAGUGGCGGGGCUGGAGGGGGGCUCGCAGCUGGCCCUGCGCCGCGCCACCAGCAUGCGCAAGACCUUCACCACCGGUGUGGCCGCCGUCAAAAAGAAGUCGCUGUGCAUCCAGAUCAAGCUGCAAGUGGAUGCGCUCAUCGACAGCAUCAAGAAGUCCAAGCUGCACUUCGUGCACUGCUUCCUGCCCAAGGCGGCGGGGGGCGGCGGGGACCCCCGGGGGCUGCCGUGCCGGCGGGUGAGCGGCAGCGAGCUGGAGCUGCCGGCUGAGCACUGCGAGGCUGCGGGGCUGAUGCAGCUCGACGUGCCCCUGCUGCGCGCCCAGCUCCGCGGCUCCCGCCUGCUGGACGCCCUCCGCAUGUACCGCCAAGGCUACCCCGACCACAUGGUGUUCGCCGAGUUCAGGCGGCGCUUUGACGUCCUGGCCCCGCACCUGACCAAGAAGCACGGGCGCAACUACAUCGUGGUGGACGAGAAGCGGGCAGUGGAGGAGCUCCUGGAGUCGCUGGACCUGGAGAAGAGCAGCUACCACAUGGGCUUGAGCCGGGUGUUUUUCCGGGCGGGCUCGCUGGCCAGGCUGGAGGAGCAGCGGGACGCGCAGACGAGCAGGAACAUCACCCUGUUCCAGGCGGCGUGCAGGGGCUUCCUGGCACGGCAGCUCUUCAAGAAGAGGAAGAUCCAGGAUUUGGCCAUCCGCUGCGUGCAGAAGAACAUCAAGAAGAACAAGGGGGUGAAAGACUGGCCCUGGUGGAAGCUCUUCACCACCGUGCGGCCCCUCAUCGAGGUGCAGCUCACCGAGGACCAGAUCCGGGGCAAAGACGAAGAGAUCCAGCAGCUCAAGAGCAAGCUCGAGAAGGUGGAGAAGGAGCGCAACGAGCUGCGGCUCAACAGCGACCGCCUGGAGAGCAGGAUCACGGAGCUGACGUCGGAGCUGACGGACGAGCGCAACACGGGCGAGUCGGCCUCCCAGCUGCUGGACGCCGAGACGGCCGAGAGGCUCCGGGCCGAGAAGGAGAUGAAGGACCUGCAGGCCAAGUACGAUGCCCUGAAGAAGCAGAUGGAGUCCAUGGAGAUGGAGGUGAUGGAAGCUCGGCUCAUCCGGGCAGCCGAGCUCAACGGCGAGCUGGACGACGAUGAUUCAGGAGGCGAGUGGCGGCUGAAAUAUGAGCGGGCGGUGCGGGAGAUCGACUUCACCAAGAAGCGGCUGCAGCAGGAGCUGGAGGACAAGCUGGAGGUGGAGCAGCAAAGCAAGAGGCAGCUGGAGAGGAGGCUGGCGGACCUGCAGGCGGACAGCGAGGAGGGCCAGCGGGCGCUGCAGCAGCUGAAAAAGAAGUGCCAGCGCCUGGCGUCCGAGCUGCAGGACACCAAGCUGCACCUGGAGGGCCAGCAGGGACGCAACCACGACCUGGAGAAGAAGCAGCGGAGAUUCGACGGCGAGCUCUCGCAGGCGCACGAGGAGGCGCAGCGGGAGAGGCUGCAGCGGGAGAAGCUGAGCCGCGAGAAGGACGUGCUGGUGGCCGAGGUCUUCGGCCUCAAGCAGCUGCUGGAGGAUAAGGACUCGGACAUCGCCGGGCUGACGCAGCGGGCAGAGGCGCUGGAGGCCGAGCUGCAGGACAUCUCCUGCCAGGAAUCGAAGGACGAGGCGUCCCUCGCCAAGGUGAAGAAGCAGCUGCGGGACCUGGAAGCCAAGGUGAAGGACCAGGAGGAGGAACUGGACGAGCAGGCUGGCACCAUCCAGAUGCUGGAGCAGGCCAAGCUGCGGCUCGAGAUGGAGAUGGAGCGGCUGCGGCAGACCCACGCCAAGGAGGUGGAGAGCCGCGACGAGGAGGUGGAGGAGAUUCGGCAGUCGUGCCAGAAGAAGCUGAAGCAGAUGGAGGUGCAGCUGGAGGAGGAGUACGAGGACAAGCAGAAGGUGCUGAGAGAGAAGCGGGAGCUGGAGAGCAAAUUAUCGGCCGUCAGCGACCAGGCCAACCAGAGGGACUUCGAGACGGAGAAGCGCCUGCGCCGCGACCUGAAGAGGACGAAGGCGCUGCUGGCCGACGCGCAGAUCAUGCUGGACCACCUGAAAAACAACGCGCCCAGCAAGAGGGAGAUCGCCCAGCUCAAGAACCAGCUCGAGGAGUCCGAGUUCACCUGCGCGGCCGCCGUCAAGGCCCGCAAGUCCAUGGAGGUGGAGAUUGAAGACCUCCACCUUCAGAUCGAUGACCUCUCCAAAGCCAAGGCAGCCCUGGAAGAGCAGCUGAGCAGGCUGCAGCGGGAGAAGAACGAGGUGCAGAGUCGCCUGGAGGAGGACCAGGAGGACAUGAACGAGCUGAUGAAGAAGCACAAGGCGGCGGUGGCCCAGGCAUCCCGGGACCUGGCGCAGAUGAAUGACCUCCAGGCACAGCUGGAGGAGGUCAACAAGGAGAAGCAGGAGCUGCAGGAGAAGCUACAAGCGCUGCAGAGCCAGCUGGAGUUCCUCGAGCAGUCCAUGGUGGACAAGUCGCUGGUGAGCCGGCAGGAGGCCAAGAUCCGCGAGCUGGAGACCAGGCUGGAGUUCGAGCGGACGCAAGUCAAGCGCCUGGAGAGCCUGGCCACGAGGCUGAAGGAGAACAUGGAGAAGCUGACGGAGGAGAGGGACCAGCGGGCGGCCGCUGAGAACCGGGAGAAGGAGCAGAACAAGCGGCUGCAGCGGCAGCUCCGCGACGUCAAGGAGGAGAUGGGCGAGCUGGCCAAGAAGGAGGCGGAGGCCAGCCGCAAGAAGCACGAGCUGGAGAUGGACCUGGAGAGCCUGGAAGCCGCCAACCAGAGCCUGCAGUCGGACCUGAAGCUGGCCUUCAAGCGCAUCGGGGACCUGCAGGCUGCCAUCGAGGACGAGAUGGAGAGCGACAGCAACGAGGACCUCAUCAACAGCGACGGCGACUCGGACGUGGACUCGGAGCUGGAGGACCGCGUGGAUGGGGUCAAGUCGUGGCUGUCCAAGAACAAAGGCUCCUCCAAAGCGCUCUCGGAUGACGGCAGCCUGAAGAGCAGCAGAUCGGCCCCCGCGGACGGCCCGGAGGCCGAGGAGCGGCCGGUGUCGGUGGCGAGCAGCCUGAGCUAUAGGAAACGGCCCAGCCUCAAGGACUCCAUAGGUGGCCGCGGGGACGAGCAGACCCUUUUCAGCGCGCUGAGCGAGCGGCCCGAGUCCCCCGAGCGCGCUGCCCGCAGGGUGGCCCGCGGCGCCGAGCACGAGGACCGGGCGGCCGUCAUCGCCCGCGCCUUCGCCGACGCCAGCGGCCGGGCUCGGCAAGGGCUGGGCAAGCGGUGGUCCCUCUCGGCUAACACCGAGGGUGACAAAGCCUCCGUCGCCUCCGCCCCGGUGAGCCGGGCCUCCUCGGCCUCCUGGCGCGGGCCGGAGGAUGGGGACGAAGGGGACGAGGGCUGCUCGGUGCUGAGCUUCGCCCUCUCCAGCCCCGGCAGCCUGCGGAGCCGCCGCAGUGGGGUGGAUGGACGCCCCGAAUCGCGGCUUUCCCUCGCACGCAGCCGCCUGGAUGAGGCGGACGAGGUGUCCCGGGGGCAGCCGCCGUUGGGGCGCAGCUUCUCCGUGCCCCCCCGGCCCCGCAGCGCCGCCUCCGAGGAUGGGCCCCCCGGGGAUGCCCGCCCGGUGGGGCACCGCUCCUACCUCGACCCCGACCUGGAGGCUGCCAUCCAGGAGGUGCUGAGCUAUCGCUCGCCGCGGGCCGGGGGCUUUUCCAGCCCCGAGGCCGACUCGGGGGAUGACGGCCGCAGCGUGCGCAGCGUGAAAAGCGCGGCCCCCCUGGGCGCCGCCGACCGAAACCCCGGCAGCCUCCGCCGCUCCGCAUCCGCCCUCGAAGUGUCCCGGUCGUCCCGGCACGCCAGCAGGCACCGGAGCAGCUCUUCCUCGGAGUCCUCCUCCUCCUCGGAGGAAGAGGAGGAGAAGAAGAAGAAGAGCUCCAAGAAGCGCUCCAAGAAGUCCAAGAAGAAAUCCAAGAAGAAGAAGAAGAAGGCGUCCUCCGAAUCGGGCUCCUCCUCUGAUUCCUCCUCCGAUUCCUCCUCCGGCUCCUACCGGAGCACGUCCAGCGUCAAGAAGGGCCCGCGGGCGGCGGGGGGGGGAGGCGAGGAGCCGGCGCGCCCCAGCCGGGGCAAAAAGGAGGAGAAGCAGCGCAAGAAGCAGGUGGACAGCCUGAUGAUGAAGUACCUGUACCGCCCCGAGAGCGACUGAGGCAGGAGCCCCACGGGCUGCCGGAGAUCCUUCACCUACGACCGAUGGGACGAGGACCUGGACGCCACGGAAGGUGCUGAGCGCUCGUCCCGCAGCCCCACCAGCGACGGCGAGACGGAGAGCCGGGCCGCCAAGACCCCCGCGUA